AACUGUAAUUUUCGGAACAGAGCAGAAGCAGAAGAGAUGUCAACGUAAACGUAAACAGCAGCCGGUACAAGUAAAUGCGCUAAAAUGGGAGCUUCUGAUUAUGUGUGGGGUAAAGUAGCAUUUUGCCCCGAGUUUCGUGAAAUUAAGUAUUUUUAGUUGUCCAUUUAGUUAAAAUGGACCAUCCAAAAUGUUCACAAGAAUGCCGAAGUAGUUCCAAAGAAUGGGACUCAGCAUUUCCUAUUUCAGCAAUUUCAUUGAAGGUUUCUGCAUUGGUUGUGUUCAUUAUUGGUAUCGUCACAUUCAGUAACUCAUUGAACGGACAGUUUGUUUUUGAUGAUUCUGAAGCUGUAUUAAACAACCAAGAUGUAUUAACUGAAUCACCACUAUCAAAUAUUUUAAUAAAUGACUUUUGGGGUACUCGUCUUACGCUCAACAAAAGUCACAAAUCGUAUCGCCCCAUCGCUGUUUUGACUUUCAGAUGGAAUUAUUGGAUUGCAGGUGGUUUGCACCCAUUUAGCUUUCAUGCCACAAACAUUUUGCUUCAUGGAAUUGUGUCUGCCCUUGUAGUCCCAGUGACGAAUGAUAUGUUUGGAGGAAAUGCUCCUCGAAUGGCUUUUAUAACAUCUCUUCUGUUUAGUGUCCACCCCAUCCACACCGAAGCUGUAGCAGCAAUUGUUGGAAGGGCCGAUCUACUGUGUGCUUUCUUCAGCUUCCUCUCCUUCCUCACUUACUCAAAAGCAUGCAAACUGUCUAUGCAGUCAACCACAUUAGAGAGUGUUGUUUAUCUUAUAAUCUCAUUACUUUUGUGUACUCUGGCAUUAUUCAGUAAAGAACAGGGCAUCACGAUUCUGGCAAUUUUUCUUGCAUAUGAUGUACUUAUACUUCAUAGAAUCAAUGUGUUUUUCCUUCCUGUAUUUGCCUUGAGCUCCCUGUUCUCUUGGCCUUGUGGGAAUUUUAAUGCAGACAGCAACACAACAAUGUCAAAAAUCUCCAAAAGAAAAGAAGACAUGCAACAUCUAUUCAAGAAGCCCUUUCUAACACGUUUUUCAGCCCUCACAGUGGCAGGCGUGCUUUUGAUGUUUGUACGAUGGCGAGCCAUGGGUUCAAAGCCUCCAAUUUUUCAGGAAGUGGAUAAUCCUGCAUCAUUUGCGGAGAAUUUUUGGACUAGGGUGUGGACUUACAACUAUUUGUACAGCCUUAAUGCUUGGCUUCUUGUUUGUCCAGAGUGGUUGAGCUUUGACUGGGCCAUGGGAUGUGUUCCAUUGCUUUCUCAUGUGUAUGAUAUCCGUCUCUUGGCCAUUACAGCAUUUUGGGCAUCUUUGCUUUCUUUGUUGUGGUGUGCAAUAACUUCUUCGGACAAAAAAAGUGGAAGGGCUGUGACCAUGGCUUUGGCAGUAUCAAUUAUUUCUUUCUUACCAGCAUCAAAUUUAUUUUUCCGUGUUGGUUUUGUCUUGGCUGAACGAGUCCUAUACCUACCAUCAUUGGGAUUUUGCAUGCUAAUAGUCUUAGGGUUGCGAUCUAUUUUCCUGACAAGACCACAGUAUAACCAGGGUAUCAUGGCCGCCUUUAGUUGCAUUCUACUCCUGUUCUUUAUUCGCUCUAUGCAGCGCAGUGGUGAAUGGCUUGAGGAGUAUACUCUGUUCCAGUCAGCUCUGAGAGUUUGCCCUCUGAAUGCUAAAGUUCACUACAAUGUUGCAAAAAAUGCAGGGGAUAGGGGAGACACAGCAUUAGCUGUUAGAGAAUAUAGAGUUGCUCUCAAAUUGCACCCUGAAUAUGAUCAAGCAAUGAACAAUCUGGCUAAUAUAUUGAGAGAUCAGGGAAACUUGAUUGAAGCAGAAUCCCUUCUUAGGAAAGCUCUCAAAAUCAGACAUGAUUUUGCAGCAGCUUGGAUGAAUCUAGGCAUUGUUCUUGCUAGCAUGAAAAGUCAUAAGGAGGCAGAGUUCUGCUAUUCUCAAGCACUUUUCUUCCGUUCUCACUACCCAGAGAGCUUCUACAAUCUAGGCAACCUUUAUCUAGAUCUGAAAAUGCAUGACAAAGCACUGAAAGCAUUUCAGAAUGCAGUCAAACAAAAACCAACAUUCUCUAUUGCUUGGAACAACAUGGUAAUCAUGUUAGAAAACUUGGGCAAGUUGAUGGAUGCCAAAAGUGUUGCAUACGAGGCCCUGUCUGUACUACCUCAUGACCCUGGAUUACACUUCAACCUUGCAAACACACUUGGCAAAAUGAGUCUUUUCCCAUCUGCAGAAGAGCAUUUCAAGAAGGCUCUAAAACUGGUUCCCAAUAAUGCUGUUUAUCAUUCGAACCUGGGUGUCUUGUAUCAUCGAUGGAAAAAGUAUGAUCUUGCUGAAAAAAAAUACAAAGAUGCUCUCAAACUUGAUCCACUGCUCAAAAGUGCUGUGACUAAUCUUGCUAUGUUACGGAAAUCUAGAAAUCAAUAGGGCUUAGCAUAAUUUACUAUAAAAUGUGUUUUUGAGAGGUCUUGAUCCAAGUCCAAUGUAUUUUUCAUGUCAGAUCAGGAGCUUUCUUUGUUGUUGUAUUAAUUUAUUUAAACAAAGAAAUUUUUUAAAACUUUUUCCUAUUUAUAUUUU